CCGCGGUGGUUCCCGUCUUCCCUUUCGGUCCCCGCUGCUGUGACAAGGUCGUGAGGAAGCGCGGCCGUUUCUCCCGCCUGGCAGCCCUGCGGCCCUCGCCAGCCCCCGCGGCGCCAUGCUGGGCCAGAGUGUCCGGAGGUUCACCACCUCCGUGGUCCGUCGCAGCCACUACGAGGAGGGCCCGGGGAAGAAUUUGCCGUUUUCAGUGGAAAACAAGUGGCGGUUGCUGGCUAUGAUGACUGUGUACUUUGGAUCUGGAUUUGCCGCUCCCUUCUUCAUAGUAAGGCACCAGCUACUCAAAAAGUGAGGAUAUUCAAUUCACCCCUUUAACAGAAUGAAGAUUAAGAGAUGUGAUCUGAAAAUUGGAUUAAACUCUUGAACUCUUAUUACUAAAUAAAAUUGUAAAUAAACCA